UCCUGUGCGUGGGGAGCGAGCCUGAGAGGGAAAAGUUUGGUGGUGAAUUUGAGCGAGAGGCGCCGUCUCACGGGAGCUUCAGCCUGGAUUGAAACAGCUCCGAUGGCACUGUCAAAUAUCUCCCUGUGGAUUCGGGAUGCCUGGGCUGUGGCCACUUCUAACCUGGACCUUGAGAGCAAGAAAGCCGCCCCUGGCAAGCUGCCAUGGCAGCAGCCUGUGAACGUCUUCCUGGCGGCCGGGCGCCCACCGGGCAUGGAGCAGCUGCACCAGGAGGCCCAGCUCAACCUCCAGAGCUUGCUGCAAGAGGAGUAUGAGGAGCAGUACACCGAGAGCAGGGUCACUGGGCAGACCUUCCGCACUGCUGGUCACCCCGACACCCCCCCUGAACCGUCACCCCGACCCCCACCUGCCAAGCGUCUUGAGUUCGUGCUUAUGCCCCCGAGCCGGCGAACUGCUGAAGAGGAGAGCACCAGUAGCACCCCCCUCAGCGCUCGCCCCCCCGACGCCUCCCUGAGCCUCCCCACCAGCCCGGACAAGCAGCCCCCCUGGCCCAGGGCCUUCCCCCUGCCCCCCGUGGAGGAGAAGCAGUGGCACCAGCCUGGCUCCAUCCAGACCAACAUUGUCCCCAUUAAUGUCUCGGAGACCGCGAUGAACCCAAAGUCCACCCUGCGGCGUAGACGGACCAUUAUUGGAUUCCCUAACCUGUCCCUGCGAGACCAAGGCAGUGCCAACGGCCCCACAUCCAGCAAACACGCGCCCAUCGCCGAGUCCCUCUCCUGCAGCUUUGUGCCUGAAGCCACAAGCGGGGGGACGGCACCCCAGGAGAUCGGCUCCCGCCAGCCCCUCUCGGCCCCACUGAGGAAGACCUUCAGUGACCUCGGGGCCCGCUGCUGCCAGCCACCUGCUGCCAUGGAUGGGGCAGCCACCCCCUGUGCCAGCACCUGCAAUGGGAUGCAGGGCACCCCUUUCUCCCCACCCUGGAGCGCCCUGGGCUACGGGAGCCCCCCCAGCCCCACCACCGGCAGCUCRGCAGAGGCCAGCACAGAGGAGAAGAGCUUUGCCAGCGACAAGACAGCCGAGUCCAUUGUGGAGGAGGAUGAUGAGGUGUUCACAACAUCCCGCACCACAGAGGAUCUCUUCACAGUGAUCCACAGGUCAAAGAGGAAGGUCUUGGGCAGGAAAGAACCUGGUGACACCUUCAGCAGCCGACCCACCUCCCACUCACCUGUAAAGACUUCAGGCUCCCCGACCAGUGAGUCCCCAGCAGCAGCGGGCAGCAGCGGGAAGUCUUCCAGCAGGAACGAGGAUUUUAAAGCCCUGCUUCAAAAGAAGAGCAGCAAAACCAGCCCCGGUACCCGGCCAUCUGCCGCUGAACUGCUCAAGACCACAAACCCACUGGCCCGGAGGGUCAUCACAGAGUUUGCCCCCGAGCUGGACAGUGCAAACAGCCCCAGAAGCCAGCCCUGACCACGCAGGGGCCCCUCCAGCCGGAGGGGUGGCGAUGGCUGUGGAGGUAGUGCUGUGAGGGGCUGUUCUGGCUGCCAGGGGCCCCCGUGUCCUGCCAGGGGUUCUGCUUCUGUUUCUUACUUGGAGAGCUGCUGGCAGAGAGGCAGCAGCUAGAGCCCAAGCCCCCAUGUCUCUGGGCCCUUCCCAGAAGGGAAGAGGCAUCCCGGUGGCUGGGACUGGCCCCAGUUGAGCCAGCUCCUGGGAUUGAAGAUGCCCACCCAGGAAGCAGAGCGGGACCACAGCCCCUGGUGUCACCCCGUGCCUGCAGCAAAGCAGCUUGAGACUUUGGUCCCUUCGGCAUGUGGUACUUUAAACAGCUUUUCUAAUGCA